GCAGUGUGUGCAUAGACUCCAACAUCGGAACAACUGAGGAAGAAGGAGUGGCUAUUGUGAGAUGGUAUUGCAGAUAACAGCAUGGCGACAGAAAAUAUCUUCCAAAGUCAUGGACAUGAACCACUACACACCGGACAUGUUGGUCAAGUCCCAGUGGCAGAGGACCCCAGGCAUCAGCAUAUACUACCUGGUGUACCGUUGGGUGAUUGCCAGUGUCUUCUUCAGCAUCCUGCUGGCGUCUUUGGUAGAGCUGGGUAGACCCGGGGGGAUGGGCGCUGUACAUUACGCCAAGUGGAUCAUCUACCUGACUCACUGGGGGUUCACUGCCUGUACACUACAGGCUCUACUGGCAGCUUACUUGGUGACCAAGGCACACUGUAGACACCCAGAUGAGGAAACAGAUGCAAUGAAGAUGUGUCUCAGUUUGAAGAUAUACUGGAUACUGCACAGUGUAGCUACUGUAGGAGCCUUCGCUAUAACCGCCAUCUACUGGGGAUUUGUGUUCGACCCAGCCGAGAAUAAGUUGGACACUUUGAACAUUCUCGUCCACGCAGGCAACUCCGUGCUAAUGUUGACUGAUCUGAUAAUUAUCGCUCACCCGAUACGACUAGUCGACUUUUACUGGCCGCUUGCCUUCGCUUUGUCCUAUGUUUCGUUCAACUACGUGUACUUCCUGGCUGGCGGAACUGACAGGAAGGGCCGUUCUUACGUUUACAAGAUUCUCGACUGGAGGAAGCCUGUGACUACUCUAGUGGUAAUACAGUGUUGUUUAUUGUUAGUGAUAAUUGUUCAUGUACUCGUCUCUUUUUCCUGCGUAUUAAGAUGCAAAAUUUUCCAAGCUUUACGCAGACGCGAAGAAGAAAGACGAGAAGAUCGCACAAGAAAUUUGCAGGGAGCUACAAACGAAAUUCCUAUAAACGACUUAGUUUAAUGUUCACAUUCCAGUGAUAAGCUUUAUAUUUAUAUUGUUACCAAGUCUCACCUAUCGUACAGCACGUAAUGAAUUAGUUUUAGCACUCGUUAAAACACUCACUAGUUCUGUAAAUAUUUUUAUAUGGUAUUCUUUUGGACCAAAAACCUACUGAGGUUUGAGUGGCCACAUAGGUAAGGUAUUCUUUUUUAAGAAAACUGAAUUUAAAUUGUAUUUUUACUGUACUUAAGCUUUACGAGUGUAUAUUGAAAGUUAAAAGAUGAAGCGUUUUUUUUAGAGGAUAAGUUUUUGUUAAAAGCUUGGUUUGUAUUUUUUUCUCCCGGGAAAUUAACUUGAACUUUUACAAUAUUCACAAAUCUGGCUAAACACCGCUUCUUGCAUAGGCGAUUUACUAAUUAAUAUUACAGUUUAAUGUACACUUCAAUUUUAAACUGUAAUAUUAUUAUGUCCAAUACAUUUCAGAAACAUGGGAAUGACAUGAAUGGAUCUCAAUCGUUCUUUACUCUGUGCAGUAAGGGGAGAUUUAUUUUACUAUAACAAAAUAACAAAUAAUGAAUGUUAUCAUCUCUGUUAGAUUCAUAAAAGUAUAUUUACGUAUUUUACCAGUUGCUUAAACGAUAUUUUAUAAACACUUAAUUGAUUACUGUAAAGUAAUGUAUCUUGUUUGAACAUUUUUUAAUAAUCAGACAUAGUUUAAAAUACUCAAUUCAGCUCCAGUAAUAUUUGUAAAUAUUCAAAAUCAUAUCUUACUAUAGUAGUAGCAUUUACUAUGUAAUAAAUGAUAGUUGGUACUUCAAAUUCUUAUUCAUUAGUGUUAAUUUCUAAUUUUUAAAAAAGUAGUAAAAUAAGCUAUCAAGCUGAUCUGAAACAAGUAUUAUUACCUUAAAGUAUUCAAAGAUACAUUCCAAUUUAAUCUUAGAUGUUAGCACUGGCUAUUGUUUUUACGCUUUAUCAUUGUUCUAGUGUAAGUUUUUAUCGAGAAGACAGAAAGUAUGAUCCGUCCUUACGUGUUUUGCUGUGGUGAAUGUUCCUAAAUUAGUCUAGCAAUAUCCGAAAGUUGCUCAAAAGCUGUUCAUUGUCAAAUGCUAAGCUGUGAUUAUUAGCCAUUUCUUACACUAUCAAAAUCCGUUAAUGUUGUUUACAUAAUCACAAACGUAGCAAUAAAGUAAAAAGUAUCUCUAAAACCACAAAAACAUGUUGUUUCAUAUGCCAAAAAGAAAUUGGUUUUUAACUGUAGGCUGUGUUUUUAAAAGACCUUCAAAUACACAUUUGUGUGCCCAUUAAUGAUGUUAGUUGAUACAGUAAUGAAAUAUGGGAAAACGGUUGUCUGCUUGGAAUUCUUUGGUUUUUUAUUCAAGGCCAAUAUUUAGGCAAAAAAUCACAUUGAGGAUGUUUUAAUUUAGUAGUAAAAGGCAGCUACAAAGUUUUGAUUGUAAAUUGUAAAAAUCUACACAAGUAAUAUAGGCCUACAAUUAGUAGACUUUUGCACCUGUAAAUAAAACACAAUGUUAUUUUGCAGCAUAUGUUUAGAGGUUUUGUGCAGUGUUAUGUAUUAUUUUCUUUAAAAAAAGUUUAUCUUGUCACCUAGCUCCUAAAAACGUUAUUUUUUAUAUAAUUAUAAUUUUUUCUAAAAAUAAGUGAAAGGUUGCACACCAAUUGUUAGUGUAUAUUUGUUUAAUUUCUUACUUAUAAUAUAAAUUUAGUUUUUACCAGCUUCUCUUAUAAUCUUAUUCAAUAAAAUGUCUGUAAACGUUUUUCUUUGUGCACGUUUUGAAAAAACUCAAUUUAAUUCGAACAUAAAGGUAAUCAAGAGAAUUU